AGUCAUCGCGGGCGCAGUUUCACGGAGAUUCGAAGUGUUGAAUGUGAGGAUUUCGCGGUAUAUUACAAUUCCUUAACACUCCAGUAAAUAAUUAACACAUAAAUGAAUAAUUACAUCAGUAUCUGAUAAUUAUUAAAUUAAUAACAAUAAUCCGAGUUUAAAAUAAUAUUGUUUAUUAAUACGUACCGAGGACACAGACCCAGUGAUCGUGAGCGUCAAGUGUAUUUUAUUUAAAUUUAAAUACAUUCAAAAAGUAAGAUAAUAUAUACAUACAUCUAUAUCUAUAUAUAAGACAAUUAAAUAAACGUAUUGGGUAUUGUGCUCGAGUACUGACUUUUAUUGUAUUGAUAAGAGGUUUUGCUGAUCAGAAAUAAUGAAGCUGGACGUGUCGGACGUGAUGUAUGACAACUCGAGCGUAUCAAGUGAUAGCGGGACAUCCGAGAGUUCCCAUGCUAGUCAUGAUUUUCUUUCAAAUAUUACCAAUGCCACGAUUCCCAACAGUCUGGCAUCUCUAGACGGUCUGCACAGUGGCGUGCCCACGAGGACGACGCCUACACUGACACCGACAACCCUCCGCAGCAUUGAGCAGACGUUCCUCGAAUUAACGAACGAACCGGCGUCCCACAGUCGUGAGGCCGGUUUCGUACCACCUCUUGUUGAGCCGUCCCAACCGACACCAGCUCAGACCCAGAAUAACAGUGUAAUCACCGGUCAAAAUCAUAAUCACAAUCAUCAUCAUCAUCACUCGGUGCUACUGGAAAACCAGCAGACCCGGCCCCAACAACAAGCCCGCAGAAAUAUGGGAGGCAGAAGACCCACCAGGACGAUUGGGAUUUCGCCGGAAGAAGAAGAACGUCGGCAGGUUCGUCGUGAAAGAAAUAAAAUGGCUGCUGCUAGAUGCCGAAAACGGAGAAUGGAUCAUACCAAUGCUCUGCUAGAAGAGACUGAGGGCUUGGAAAAAAAGAAACAGACACUACAGAAUGAAAUCACGCAGUUGCAGCAAGCGAAAGAUGACCUAGAAUUUUUAUUAGAAACCCAUCGAGCUGUGUGUAGACUACGUUCGUCAUCGCCACCUGACGUAAAACCUCUGAUAAAAUCCGAAAUUACCAUCGACAGCAGUCCAUUUCUUCAUCCAAAUAAAUGCGAGUCGAUAGACACAAGACCGAAUCGUCCAAACUCAUUGCCAGUUGGUUUUGAAAACAACAAUAGACCUAAUUCAUUGCCGAUAUUUGCCGCUAAUGAAACAAAAGAUCGCCCGGAUUCAUUGCAAUUUAAAACCGUUGAGACGCCCUCAUUUAUGAAGACUUCGAAUGAAGUUGCUGGGGUACCAAUUACGACACCAUCCAGCGGUAUUCCCUUUAAUUUUGAUUCUCUGAUGGACGGCGGCACUGGAUUGACUCCAGUAUCAACGCCGCUCAUACCCUCGUGCUCUACCCAACAGAGACACAAUUUGUCCGCCGUUGAUCUCAGCUCUCCGGACGCGAAUCCACCAAAACUUGUGAGCUUGUGACGCCAGGAUGAUCUUGACUACGGCUCCAAUGAAAAUGAACCAGCGUAAAAUUUUAAUUGUACGAUUAUUUGUAACCGUAAAUACUAAUUGUCUUGAUAUUUAUAUUUAUAUUUAAAAUUUUAAAUGUAAUACUGAUUAUUUUUAUUGAUCUUGAUUAUUAUUUUUUUUUAAUGGUUCAUUAUUUUGAAUUUUAUAUAACGACGACAUCGAAGAGCUGCUAUUUCUUUGCGUCAACAUCACAAGUUGCCAUAAAUGUAUUUUUGUCGUUCCCGUAACUACACUAGAACGACUGUAUUUAAUUAAAUAUUAUUACUAUUACUACAAUACGUCUAUCUGCAAUUUAUCGAAUGAUAUUUUUAGGAAAUAAAUAAAUAAAAUAAUAAUAAUAGUAAAAUUACUAUUAGAUAUCAAUUAUUAUUGUAAUUAUUACUCUAGAUGAGCAAAGUUUUUUUUAUAUAAAAUUGUCUUUCUAUUGUCAUGUAAAAAAAAAAAUUGUGAAUUUAAAACGCGUUUGUUCACGAUUAUUUUAUCUGACAUAUUUUUGUACCAUUAAAUAUUUUGAAUAAAAAAGAAAAACUUGUGCUCUUAAUUGUAUAAAUUUUUAAAUAUUAAUUGUUUUCGAGUUUUAAAAUUGCUCAGCAACUCGAAUAAAGCCAAAAGUGAAUUAUUUUUCCCAGCUCGUUACCAAUGCGAACUCUGGUUUUUUAAAAUAAAAUAAAAUAUAAUUAUCACGAUAUUCAAGUGAUUAAAUUUCACUUUUGUAUAAAAUAAAAUUUUAAAAAAAUUUUUAAACUCGAAAAUCGUACGAAAAUGUACAAGUAAAUUUAAAAAAUAUUUUUUUAUUAAAAAAUAAAGUAAAGUUUGAACAAAAAUUUUCUACUUAUACAUUUUCUACGCUUGGAGUUUGCGAUCAAUUUAUAAAUAUUAAGGAUUUGAUAUAUUAAUAUAAUAUAUUUAUAUAAAUAUGUGAACCGAUAAUUGAUGAGUCUUUUUUAUAUUAAUUAAUAAUUAAUUGUGUUAAAUAAUAAAGACAUUUUAGCUCAAGCUAUCGAGUAAGCCAUCGAUCGAAUUAUUCCUUAAUAAAAUAAAUAUAUAACAUAAAUAUAUAUAAAUAUGCAUGUCUGUUUAUGAAAUUAUUUAUUUCGAGGCAAUUCAUUCCCGAGUGUCUGCUCAAUUUGAUAAAAAAAAAAAAAUUAAA